AUGGCCGACUACUCUGAAUGGCUGGAAGCAACUGUUGGGACAGGGACGCUGGACGGGGCAACUGACCCGGAAACGCUGCGACAAGCCACGGUGUACCAGCAGAGGCGCGACGCCGUGCUGUGCCUUAUUGACUGCCAGCUUGCUAUGUUUCAAGGGGAGAGUUGCCCCAGUGGUCCAGACAACAUUAACCUGGAAGCUGCAAACAAUACUCACGGCGCUAGUUCCAUUCACGCAGUACCGAUCCCAGCUGUUGCCUCGGAACGCUUCGCACAGAAGGCUGCCGUGAUGCAAGCACCGUCAACUGAUGACCUGUUUUGGUUGGACGUGGACAGCAAUGGGGGAGAAGAGACCCUACUGGCAGACAUGGCAGAAGGACGCAAAAAAAGAACGGACUCUGAAAUGACCGGAAACUGCAUUAGCACCCCUUUCCGGGAUGCGGUUGGCGGCGUUCUUGGGCUGUAUCACGACAAAGUGAUAACGAGUGACAAAGACCUUGUUGCUCUGGCCCUCUACAACACAAAUGUGCGACGUAACGUUUAUGGCUUGCCUGGCCUUUACAUUUUUCACCCCUUUGCUUUUCUUAGCGUCCAGUCCGUGCAGGAUUUGGAGGGGCUGGCGGCCGUGGGGGACGUAUCCUCAAAGGCGUAUGAGGAGUUUGAGAAAAACAUUGGACACGCACGGGGAAAGGCAGUCCAUCUGAGUGACGUGUUGUGGGCCGCUCAGAACAUGUUCCUCAGUCUGCACUCAAAUAUGAUUAAGUAUCGUCGGAUCUUUAUCUUUACCAAUGAUGACGCGCCGCACAAGGGUGACGCAUCUGAGAUGGAUCGAUGUUUGGCACGAGUGCGGGAGUUGUAUGAAGCUGAGGUGGCUGUUGAAGUGUUUGCCAUGGGCAAAGACCCCGGCACUAACGCAGAUAAAGUGAGCAUGGGACGUGGGAACGCAGCUUUUUACGCCUUGCACGGGCCAACGUGUGUGGCUGAGGCCCCGCUGCUCAACGGCUUAGGCCAUGCUGAGGACAUGGAGCGUCCCACAGACGGCGUGGGUGUAGGACGGACUUUCAACCACGAGGGUUUUUGGGGCCAGUUGCACUACGGUGCGUUGCAGGGGGUGGAGGGGGGGAUGGAGCCAGGCCGCAUCAGUGCCGUACACGUGACGGGUGGCGUGGAAGCGUUUGAAGACUUACUUCACGCCGUGCGGCGGCGGGUGCACCCGCAGAGGCCGUUUCAGAAUUACACGCUCACCAUUGGCGUAAGCGUGGACGGGUCAUCGGUGCCCACAAUGGCGGUGAGCGUGUACCACCCACUCUUGUCGGCGUCCCCGCAGCGUGCGGAGUGGUUGGACCGCCGCACAAACGCCAUUGUGCCGCGACGGACACAACUCGUCGUGAGGCGGGUGCCUUCUAUUUCCGAUUCCAGUUGUCUGAAGAGGGAGGAGACGGCGCAUAGGACGGCGGGAGGAGCGGAUGCAGAUGGACAUGAGCACCUGGUGCUAACGGAAGAGGAAAGAGAAGAUGAAGGCAUGAAAACCGUUGUGACUUCGGAUCACCUGCUGCACUCCACCGUCGUGGGCGGACGGCGUCUUUUCUUCUCUCCGCAGGAAAGACAACACAUCCUUCUUACUGCGACGGCAGGUGCCGCUGUUGGUUUUUUUAUUCUGUGUUUUAAGCACUCCGAAGACGUUUUGGCGCAUAAACAUGCCAUCUCCAAGUCGUCUUUUCUCCGUCCCAAUCCCCAUGACGGUGGAGAGGCCUCACUUCGUCUGUUUGUUCAACUGACUCGCAUACUUCUGAGACAGAACAAAGUGGCAGUCGCGCAGUAUGUGGCUCGGCAGGGAGCUGUACCGCGACUAGUUGCAUUGGUGCCACCCCCUCCAGCCAUGUCUGUUCCAGCGUGCAGUCUCCCUGUGAAAGGACUUGGCUUGUAUGUUGUGCCAUUGCCGUACGCCGAGGAUCUCCGUGCAGUGCCCUCUUUGCCGUGUUUUAGCCCUGUAACGAUUCCCUCGCAGGAGGACGUGGAUGUGGCAGCACGUGUUGUUUCCUCGCUUUCCGUGUCGUACGACAUCAGCGCGGUACCAAACCCCUCGCUACAGCUGCGGCACCAAACUCUUCAGGAGAUGGCGCUGCAUUUCAUGGCGGCAUCCGGGGUUGCGCAGUCAUCGAGGCCGGGGAAUAGGCCUGGUGUUGUCGCAGAUAUGUCGCUUCCUGACCGUGUGGGGAUGGCGCAGUACGCACCGCUCUUCCAUGAGUUUACCACGAGGCUGCUAGAUCCAUCGUACGACGCAGAUCGUCUCUGUCCACAGCCCAAACGAGGUGGGACAGCCGCCGCAAAAAGAUCCCACGCAAAAAAGUCAGACUGUUGUGAGGGCGACGGGGGUGCUGGCGACGCGGUUAUUCAUCUCGUGGAAACCGCCUUUGAGCAAAACGCUCUGCCAACACUCACAGUAAUGCAGUUGAAGGCUUAUUUGGGUGUCUUGGGCCAAAGUGCUGCAGGAGCGCGACGAAAGGAUGACGUGAUUGAGGUUGUGACGCGUGUGCUGCUGUUGCGGCGACGGGGAGGAGGAGCGUAG